GUAAUCUAUGGAGCAAAAAAACGUAUUUGGAGGGGGAAGCCGUACGGGAAGAACCGUAAAUGACAUGAAAUAAUUGUACCUUAAAUUUUAAAGUAUUUAAUAAUGAGUGAUAACUUUAUGGUGAGAUCAGAAAUACUUAGUUUAAUUUUGCGUCUUUCAAUAUUUUCUGGUGUUACAUAUUUCACUAUUAAAUGGAUGCUGAACCAAAUCGACCCUACAAGCAAGAUAAAAAAAUCUGCAAAGAAAAAGGCUGAGGAACAACUACAGCGGCUCGGAAUAGACAACCUGAAGGAGUUCCUUGUGGCGUUGUGGGAAGAGACGCGAGGGGACAUGGCCGGGGGCUGCUCGCAGCCGCUGACGGAGUACGAGAUGAUGAUCGCCAGCCACCUGGUGAACCCCAGCGAGAUCCCCGUGACGUGGGGGGACGUGGCGGGGCUGGACCACAUCACGCGGGAGCUGCGGGAGACCAUCAUCCUGCCCAUCCAGAAGAAGAGGCUGUUCCACGACUCGCAGCUGUGCCAGCCCCCUAAAGGGGUGCUGCUGCACGGGCCGCCCGGCUGCGGCAAGACGCUCAUCGCCAAGGCGACGGCUCGCGAGGCGGGCAUGCGCUUCAUCAACCUGGACGUGUCCAUCCUCACGGACAAGUGGUACGGCGAGAGCCAGAAGCUGGCCUGCGCCGUCUUCUCGCUGGCCGCCAAGAUCCAGCCCUGCAUCAUCUUCAUCGACGAGAUAGACUCGUUCCUGCGGGUGCGCAACUCGCAGGACCACGAGGUGACGGCCAUGAUGAAGGCACAGUUCAUGUCCAUGUGGGACGGGCUGUGCACGGAGCCCGACAGCUGCGUGGUGGUGAUGGGCGCGACCAACCGGCCCCAGGACCUGGACCGCGCCAUCCUGCGCCGCAUGCCCGCCACCUUCCACGUCGGCAUGCCGAACCAGCAGCAGCGGGAGAAGAUCCUGCAGCUGGUGCUGGCCGGCGAGCCCACGGCAGACGUGGACCUCCAGGAGGUGGCGAGGCUGGCGGAGAACUUCUCCGGCUCGGACCUGCGCGAGCUGUGCCGCAUGGCGUCCGUGUACCGCGUGCGCGAGUACAUGAGCCUGGACCCCGCGUCGCUCGACGCCCAAGACGCGUCGCUGGUCGAUGACGACGAGUACCUGCGGCCGAUCCUCAUGGACGACCUGCUCUCAGCGCUCAAGAAGAUGCGCACCUCCAAGGUGCACACCGGGUCGCUGUUCAUGCAGCCGAGGCUGGACAUGGACUAGCCCCCGGCCACUCUGUGAUACGCCCUCAUCGGCCGGUAGUUCGUGGGCCCACGCUCGACCAGAAACCGAUCUCGGCCACUGUUUCGAAGCUUAGAAUGUCGGACCACACUAAAAGAACGCAACUCUCACAAACUAUGUUAAAUAUUGUACCCUGUUGGUUGUGAUAGCUUAGUCACCAUUAUUUAAACCUCACUGUCAGUUUAAGAAGCGUUCUAGCUAGCUAUUGCAGCCAUUUAAGCCCUGAUGAUGAUGAUGUCCACUUGGAUUUGAUAGGAUUUUUGUUUUGUGGACAGUCAGUGGUUUUACUGUUCAGAGUUGAAUGUUACAAUUGUAGUUUGUUAUAGUUGUGUCUGUUUUUUAAAUAUUGAAAGAAUAUAAAAUGUUAAUGUAUGUGCUUGUAGAA